GCUUUGCGGCGUGGCCUUGGCACGCUGGAUAAACUCCGGAUUUGUGACGUCUUCACUGUAGUACGUCUGGUGUUUGUUUUAAGCCAGCAGAUCAUUGUCACUUCCUUUCCUUUGCCUUUGAUUUUUCUUGUUGUUGCAGCAGUUACUUGCUGUUCGUACACACCCAUGUAUUUACCUCGCGCUCGGCCCUCUGUCGGCAGUUUUGACGUCGGCAUUCACCUCGCCACGAAGUUUUAUUGAAACAAUCCAGCCGCCUUUGAAGGUUUAUGUUGUCUUUCAGCCCCUCGGUUUGUUUCGACCUUGUACCUCUUGGACACGGUAGCCCUCGGAACCCUCAAUCGGACGCAUACCAUACAUACGUUUCGUUGCCGUGUCCUCCUUCGAAUGGGUUCUACUCAUCAGUAUGGUAACCAACAACGAUAUGGUUCAGCUGUCCCUUGCUGCUAAAAAUGUAACACGCCAAGAAAAGCCAAGGCAUAUGAAGUACCUCAACGAGUUUCGAACACAACAGUGCCGCCUUUUCUUGGAACAGCAAUGUCAGUUUCAUCGUCCUUAUACUUGUUUUCAUUGGCAUUUUCCCAAUCAAAAGCGGAGAAGACCUUUUAAGCGUCCUGAUGGAACUUUUAAUUACAACCCUGACGUUUAUUGUGACAAGUACGACGAGGCAACAGGAUCAUGUAAUGAUGGCGACCAUUGCCCCUACGCCCACAGGAAUGCGGGUGAUACGGAAAGGCGAUAUCACCCACGCUAUUUCAAGACUGGAAACUGCAUCUAUGAAACAACUGAAAAUGGCUCUUGCGUCAAAAACGGACUCCACUGCGCAUUCGCCCAUGGUCCAGAUGAUAUUCGGCUGCCCGUUUACGACAUUCGGGAGGUGCAAGAUGUUUCGUCCAAGUUUGUUGUCAAUUUGCCCGCGAGUCUGGAGAAGGAACGGGUGCUCAGUGAAGAUCCAAAAUGGAACGAAAUGUUCCACGUGUUGGCGUUCUAUAAAACGGAGCUGUGUCGGAAACCACCUCGCAUGUGCCGACAGGGCUACUCGUGUCCCUUCUAUCAUAAUGGAAAAGACAAGCGAAGAUCGCCGGAGAAAUGGCGUUACCGGAGUACCCCGUGUCCCACCGUUCGUCCGAAUGAUGAAUGGCAGGACAGCAGUUUGUGCGAGUCAAGGGAUUCGUGCCCCUACUGCCACACUCGGACGGAGCAACAGUUUCAUCCGGAGAUCUACAAAUCUACUAAAUGCAAUGAUGUGAUCAAUUCUGGAUACUGCCCUCGCGGUCCCUUCUGUGCCUUCGCUCACUCCAACUGUGAACUGACUGCUGGACGCGAUUUUCUCGCCAAAUUGCAACAGGAACGUAUCUGCUCCAACCCUGACCAUCUUAUGCUGCCGUGCUCCAACGCUACUUGUGUUGCAACUGCGGCUGCUGCAUUGGAGAGCGCACAUUUACAUGUUUUCGGCACCAGCGUUUGUCCCGGUGUAGUUGCGACCGUCGGAAUGCAGCGCCCGAACGCAUCAUCGCAAUUUUUCCAUAGAGGUUCGAACCACCCGUUUCCUUCGUUUACUUCUGGCGACGUUGGAGUAAGCGAUCCGAUUAAACGUACUGCCCAAAAGCCAACUGCGCUUAUACCUAACCUCAUGUCUCCAAUCGGUCCAGUGAGCAUUCCGUCUAGGUCAAUGAUGCAAAACGCAGUUCGUGGACGGCGAUUAGACCAAUGUGGUUCACCGCAUCAGGGCAUCGGUUCCUGGCAAUCUUCAAUCAGCGCCUUCUCUCCGGAUCCAACUGGACACUUGACCACUUCCCAAGGUGUUCUGAUGGACAGUGUACCCGGAAUAUUCACUCCAGAACUUUCGUCCACACCCAUGGUCUGCUCCAACGGAUCAGUCAACCCAUCUCAACCCCAUCUACCCCUUGGUCAGUACAGACAGCUGCAAGGAAACGUCUUUUCGACUCCUUUUAUCUUGGAUUCUCACAUCCGCGAUUCUGCACGACAUCGAAGUGGUGGUUCCGUUUCCUCGGAAAGCGGAGUUUCUUCCACAGUCCCCAUGGAUGAUCAUCUGUUGCAUUCGACGAACCUUUCAUCUAUACUGGGCACUUCGACCUAUCCUGGACGCUCAAUGAAUUCAGUCCUCUCUGGAGCUCCUUUGACGAUAUCUUCUGCUGGAAUCCAGCAGCAACAAACCUAUCGGAGCGCUUCUAAAAAGACCCGUGCGCCAUCUGCCGCACAGUUUGCUGGUGGACCCGUCGGUCUGCGUCCCCAACAAUAUCGUCAAAAGGUCUCUCCAUCUGCUCGCACAGCUUCCGAUCCGGAUACCUUGGAUCCUACCCGAUCCACGGUCUUACCGGAACGUUCUGCUGCCCUGAACAGAGGUGAGCUUUGGCAUCCUGCCUACGGAAUAGCUUCUCUGACGGAUCGGUUGUCUCGUCCUUCGUGGCCUUGGCAGCCACGCGUCACUGAUUCAGGUAAUAACAGCGAGGCUAGCAUGACAGAGACAGAUGUGUGUGGCUUGUUCGACUCUAGUAUUGCCAAUAUUUCCGGCAAUGUUACCAUUCCCAUUCCCAACUCACUUCUGGAAGAAAGCAAUCGUGACAGCGGUCUGGUGCCUGACUUUACCUCGUUUGGGAACGGAACCAUCGGCGAUCAUUUGGAAACCAGCCAACUGGGGGCAUAUUGCGAUAGCGAUCAGUUCACAGGUCGUCAGUUGCCAUCAGAUACCUCGUAUGGUUCAAUCGCCAAACCCUCAACCGGAUCGAUGCGGGUCCCUUCCGAUGUGUCAGAUGAAGGCCAACUACCGUAUCCCCAGUUUUUCAAUACUCGCUUGGGCGUUCUUAGCCCUGAAAAUUUGACCAUUGCAGGUGCUGGCUUUCAUUCUCCUUUGGACGAUAUCCUAUUAAAUACGAGUUGUGCUCUGGACAGCCUAGAUCAGCUGACCGCUUGCAAUACUGCAAGUGUCGCACCAAAUGCCAGUUUAUCACCCAUAGCAACUGUUGCUACGUCAGGCCCCAUGGCUAUUCCUGGACGCCCUACCGAUACGGAUCUAUCGGCUCCACGAUUUGAUCCGACUUCCGGCUUGAGUUCGCAUUUCUACUCUGCACUGUCCGCUCAUAGCGCCUUAUCAGAACAACUACAGCAGCCACAUGACUCAAAUAAACCUUUGCUGCAGAACACUUGGCCUCUUGAUGCACACGAACUUUCGGAACCCGAGACUAGAAAGUAUUCUACGGAUAUAUCAUCUCCAAUUCGAUCACAAAUGUCACAAAGCUUUUCUCCCAUAGUCGGUGCUCCGCUUACUCACACUCGCCAGAAGCCCACCUUUGACUUGAGUAGCGACGCCACUUCGCCAUCCAUGGAAGCCGCCUACGCCUGCUCUCGUGAGGUUGUAUCUACCUCGAUUCCAUCUGCUGAACGUCCUGCGAAACUCAUCAACAAAAGUAGCUUAGCGUCCCCAUCGCAAACGAUGACUCCACUUAGCCGCGGUGGGAUGGGGUCAGCUAGCGCCUUAUCCCGAACUCCGGCGGCUGUGGAUUUCAAUAAUCUGCCUCAAUCUCCCAUUCUUCUGUCGUCUCCAUUCAGUAAUCCAGGUUCGGAGUUAGAGCGUUUGUCUUUGCAACGAGAGUUGGACGAGGUUCGUCAGCGUUUGGGAUCGAAAGAGGAUGAGGUGGAGACCUUGAAGAAGCAACGUGACUUUGUCACAGAACAUUUGCGUGAUUCGCUUGGGGUGAUUCGUCAACUGUUCACCACUCUCAACGUAUCUUCUCCUCCGAGCGACCUCUCCAAGCCAUUGUUUGUCGACACAAGCGCUGACAUGGGAAGCAGCUCCGGUACCGGAUGCAGUGCUCCGCUUCGCACAGUUUCUGACAGCUCAUUGGACAAUUGCGACGAGGUAUAUACUUCAGAGGCGAGCUUUAUCGAUCAUAGUACCCCGGAACUUGUUUCUGACCAACACCGUCUUGAACCCAGUCACGCAUACUUGAAGAAACCUGCUUUGCAGCAGCAACAAGAAGCUUUGGCUGCCCUUUUCUCAAAUCCCUUCGUGAUGGCGUUACUAAAUUCUAAUACAUUGUCGGCAAAUUCGAGUGCUGAAUCCCCUCCUGCUGUCCAUUUCCAUCAUUUCAGCUCUGCAAAUGAACAACAUUUGUUCACCACACAGCCCUUCACUUCGAUUCCCCCCAAGGAUCCACAUCACCUGCAAUCCAUACCGUUGGAACAUAGUCGUCGUGAUGCGUUCGAUAUUGCUGCGUCCGCCACCGAGUUGUCAGCUCCUCUUACGAACACGGAGCACACGGCAUCACGUGCAACAGAUGGCGAUACUGAACAUGCCAGUUCGGAUUCUACCGAAUAAAGUAGCUAUCUAUGAAUGUGUAUUUACGCGGAUCCUCCAUCACUAGGGACACGUUUCCGAUUUCCGAUCGCUUGUACCAAUCGUACCUCCGGAUCGCUUCGUUUAUGUGCAGUUGCUUUUCUCUAGCGUCAUUCGAAUUCCAUUUAUCCGCCAUCACUAUUAUGUAUACCGUCUCCGCUCCGUCGUUACCAUCCCCUAUUAGCACCACUAACGAGUCACCUGUGGUCUAGUGGCUAUCCUCCUCAAGAUUAAGUACCCCAAGAAACCACAUUCGUCUACCCCGCAAUACCACUGCAGCCAUUCGGGAAGGAUGUUAUUCCAUAGUAUUACUAAUCGAUGUGCAAGACUUUUCUUCACUCUCACAGCCACAUGCCUUCGCCCACAAUUCGCUCCCAAAUCAGGUCACAGUCCCAUCCCAACGAAUUCAUCCAUUGUUUUCACCCGGAUUCUUCUAUACGUUCAUUUCACCCUACGGAUCUUGUGAUUCCCUUUUUGUAUAGUCCUUAUUUAUUAUCAUUACAAACGACCAUGAUGUCGUCUUCCUUUAGUAUCCGUUUUUCCGGAGUGCUUUUUCGUUCACUUUUGUCUGUCUAUCCGUAGUUAUGUCUUGCAUUAGCGAUUUCAUAGAUUAUCGGAAGCAUUUUGUUCUCCACUUUUAUUUUGGAUACCCAAUAUUUUCCAAUCCUGUACCGACCGCCUGUCCACAGGAUGGCUUUUUCUUACCGUUGCAAUCGCGCAUCAGACAAUUGUUGCUUUUCAGUAAUUUCCCAUGCAAUAUGCUGCUCACUUGCUUAAGGCGACCUUCAUCAUGGGACCCCCUCCCUCACUUUAUUGUAUGGCCUCCUUCCCAUUCGAUUGUUUCAUCCAGAACGUGUAUCCUACUCACUGCUAGUCGCAGUCACGUCGUUUUCCGUCUUUCAUCGGUCGUUUAAACUCUCAUUGGUUUUGCACUCACUCAUGCGCUCACUCAGGUUCACUUUCAUCGGUGAAUAUCCGUCUCCAUCAGGUCUGUUUACUUUCCGUUGUUCCAAAUCCCCACCCCCCUCAUUUUCUGUCAUGUCAGCAGCAUACACUCCUUCGACAGUCUAGUUGCGUGUAUUUCGUAUCCUUUCUUACUGACUCUCGAGUCUUUUUUACUUCCUUUAAUAAGGACAGCAGUCACUGCGAUCUACGACUUACCUAUCGCUAUUGCUCGUACUUCAUCAGGUUUCACCUAUUUUUCUUCGCCUCUAGAAACUCACCGUUUUUACACAGUACCCGUUGUUGCAAAGCAUUUCACAAACUGUCACGACGGUUUUUAUGCUUUCAUGCUACUUAUACUACACCACCCAUUUCACGGACAUAGCUCCAUCAGUGCAGACAAGCUCAGCGUCUUUCCAUUUCUUCACCCCCUCUCUCUACAAGCGCUUAGCAUUCUAUGCGCAAUCAAUUUUCCAUCAUCUUAUCGCCAUUCACAAUCUCGCGACUAUCUCAUCGGCCCAUUGUUCUUAUCAUAGCGAUUGUGCGAAGGUACACCAACAGACUCGAACCCUCUCCGGUAGCCCCUGCUGCCACCGUUACUUAUCACUUUUCUCUGCGCAGUUCCUUUGGUGGUGGCGGUGGUCAUUCCUUUUACGCAUCCCAUUGCUAUCCUCUACCUGCUGCCCCGUUGAGAUGGAAAACACAAUACAAAGGUCCACGUUCAGACUAUUCUGUCACUCUUGUUCUCCGAAAAUUGAUACACAGCCAUGUGUUUUCUCUUCAUCGCCCUAUCCUUUGUGUACGUCAUUCGCUCACUCGCUCCUCUGAGACUCAUUUUGCCAUCAGAUGUUAUGGUUUGCUACAGUUCCAUCUCUUUAUGCGCGAUUGUUUUUGGUCUUUUUUGCUAAUCAGAGACUGUUUAAUUUAGAUUAUACUUAUUUUCAGAUAGGAUUUUCAUGAAUACAUUGCCAUUAGACAUCUUACUUACCUCACACCAGAGUUUCUACUUUUUCCCACCAUGCUAAUCUGAGCACCGUCGCCAUAUUUAUUGUUCAGCGAAUCUUAGCUUCUCUCGCGAAUCGAGUGCAUCGCUGAGGCGGUUAGUUUUACACUACGACUGAUCAUUUCCCCUCAUACCAAAGAAUGCUAUUUCAC